CGCCUAGCAAUUCCGUCAAGAUGUCCAACGAUCUCCAGUGGCUGCUCCUCCGCAACAACAAUGCCUUCAUGGUGAAGAAGGUCCAGGAGGGCCCUGUCUUCUCCAAGGAGCCGGGUAACCUCACCAACCUCCACUCCUUCAAGUACUCUGGUCUGGCCAACUCUAAGGUCAUCGACGUCAGGCCCACCGAGGGCGGUGUUGAGAUCGCCACCCGCAAGAAGGACGCAUCCCCUCACAGCGUCAGCUCUGGUUUUGCCAAGACGACAAUCCGCCCCCGCUCAGGCAGCCGACGUGUCCUCGGUGCCGCUGCAAAACAAGCCAAGCGCGGCUACCGCCCCGACCUCCGCACAGCAACCCUCGCACGCGCUUCUGCUAUCCUCGAACUGCAAAAGGAGAAGAAGCCCUCACCACCGAAGAAGACGCGUGGAAAGAAGGCAGUCGCAUAGGUGUCCUUGGGUGGUCAUUGAACUGUAUUCUGCUUUCAUCUCGCUUUCGGUAUCACUACAGCACCAUGCGUAUGUCCCUAUUCACGAGCAUGCAUAACCUAUGCGACGCGCGUAUGCAAGCGAUUUCUCUCGGAA